AGCCGACCGUAAACAGAAAGCGGAAACAAUAGGGAACCACAUACACACACCCUUGUCUUGGCGACCUACUCAGGGAAAUAAAAUACCUUUACCUUUUAAGCAAUACUAUUAAAUAGACAUCUAAAGAAAAUACGAAGUCGACGAGUACUUGAGGGCAUUUGACUAAGUCGGUCACCAUGGCACUGAAAAGAAUACAGAAGGAGCUUCAUGACCUGCAGAGGGAUCCGCCAGCACAGUGCUCUGCUGGACCCGUGGGAGAGGACUUGUUCCAUUGGCAAGCAACAAUAAUGGGGCCAGGUGAUAGUCCAUACCAAAGUGGUGUCUUCUUUCUCACAAUCCACUUCCCCACCGACUAUCCCUUCAAGCCACCAAAGGUAGCAUUCACAACAAAGAUCUAUCAUCCAAACAUCAACAGUAACGGGAGCAUCUGCUUGGACAUCUUGCGAUCCCAGUGGUCUCCAGCAUUAACUGUAUCAAAAGUUCUGUUGUCCAUAUGUUCGUUGCUUUGUGACCCGAACCCGGACGACCCCUUAGUUCCAGACAUAGCACAGAUCUACAAACUAGACAAAGAGAAAUACAACAGACUAGCAAGAGAUUGGACUCAGAAGUAUGCAAUGUAAAGGCCCUCCUGAAGAUUUUUUUUUAAGUCACAAAACACUGUACAUUCUGGUAAUAGAAAGUAAACUUAGGUGAUAUGGAACACAUUGUACUGUCAACAUUUAUCAUGUGAACCCAUGAACUAUAGAUGAUUUUGUGUUUACAGGGGGUAUACACUGCACAUAUGUACAUUAAGGGUUGAUAGAUAUGGGGGACAACAACUGUACAUUGUUGUUAUCCCUACUUCCUGGUUGUGGGAACUUUUGUUUCUCGUCUCAUGAAUGGAAGAGGAAGUCAUUAGAAUACUGUAGCCCACGGUUACAUUCAGAAUACUGUAGCCUGCUGUUCCAGUCAUCAGAAUACUGUAGCCUGUUAGUCAUCAGAAUACUGUAGCCUGCUGUUCCAGUCAUCAGAAUACUGUAGCCUGCUGUUAGUCAUCAGAAUACUGUAGCCUGCUGUUAGUCAUCAGAAUACUGUAGCCUGCUGUUCCAGUCAUCAGAAUACUGUAGCCUGCUGUUCCAGUCAUCAGAAUACUGUAGCCUGCUGUUAGUCAUCAGAAUACUGUAGCCUGCUGUUCCAGUCAUCAGAAUACUGUAGCCUGCUGUUAGUCAUCAGAAUACUGUAGCCUGUUGUUAGUCAUCAGAAUACUGUAGCCUGCUGUUCCAGUCAUCAGAAUACUGUAGCCUGCUGUUCCAGUCAUCAGAAUACUGUAGCCUGCUGUUAGUCAUCAGAAUACUGUAGCCUGCUGUUAGUCAUCAGAAUACUGUAGCCUGCUGUUCCAGUCAUCAGAAUACUGUAGCCUGCUGUUCCAGUCAUCAGAAUACUGUAGCCUACUGUUAGUCAUCAGAAUACUGUAGCCUGCUGUUCCAGUCAUCAGAAUACUGUAGCCUGCUGUUAGUCAUCAGAAUACUGUAGCCUGCUGUUCCAGUCAUCAGAAUACUGUAGCCUGCUGUUAGUCAUCAGAAUACUGUAGCCUGCUGUUAGUCAUCAGAAUACUGUAGCCUGCUGUUCCAGUCAUCAGAAUACUGUAGCCUGCUGUUCCAGUCAUCAGAAUACUGUAGCCUGCUGUUAGUCAUCAGAAUACUGUAGCCUGCUGUUAGUCAUCAGAAUACUGUAGCCUGCUGUUCCAGUCAUCAGAAUACUGUAGCCUGCUGUUCCAGUCAUCAGAAUACUGUAGCCUGCUGUUAGUCAUCAGAAUACUGUAGCCUGCUGUUAGUCAUCAGAAUACUGUAGCCUGCUGUUAGUCAUCAGAAUACUGUAGCCUGCUGUUAGUCAUCAGAAUACUGUAGCCUGCUGUUAGUCAUCAGAAUACUGUAGCCUGCUGUUCCAGUCAUCAGAAUACUGUGGCCUGCUGUUAGUCAUCAGAAUACUGUAGCCUGCUGUUAGUCAUCAGAAUACUGUAGCCUGCUGUUAGUCAUCAGAAUACUGUAGCCUACUGUUAGUCAUCAUAAUACUGUGGCCUGCUGUUAGUCAUCAGAAUACUGUGGCCUACUGCUACAGUACAACAUACUCAUGGCUCUCCUGACUGUCACCCAUAAAGAGGGAAAUGGCCUACUGCUACAGUACAACAUACUCAUGGCUCUGCUGACUGUCACCCAUAAAGAGGGAAAUGGCCUACUGCUACAGUACAACAUACUCAUGGCUCUGCUGACUGUCACCCAUAAAGAGGGAAAUGGCCUACUGCUACAGUACAACAUACUCAUGGCUCUGCUGACUGUCACCCAUAAAGAGGGAAAUGGCCUACUGCUACAGUACAACAUACUCAUGGCUCUGCUGACUGUCACCCAUAAAGAGGGAAAUGGCCUACUGCUACAGUACAACAUACUCAUGGCUCUGCUGACUGUCACCCAUAAAGAGGGAAAUGGCCUACUGCUACAGUACAACAUACUCAUGGCUCUGCUGACUGUCACCCAUAAAGAGGAAAUGGCCUACUGCUACAGUACAACAUACUCAUGGCUCUGCUGACUGUCACCCAUAAAGAGGGAAAUGGCCUACUGCUACAGUACAACAUACUCAUGGCUCUGCUGACUGUCACCCAUAAAGAGGAAAUGGCCUACUGCUACAGUACAACAUACUCAUGGCUCUGCUGACUGUCACCCAUAAAGAGGGAAAUGGCCUACUGCUACAGUACAACAUACUCAUGGCUCUGCUGACUGUCACCCAUAAAGAGGGAAAUGGCCUACUGCUACAGUACAACAUGCUCAUGGCUCUGCUGACUGUCACCCAUAAAGAGGGAAAUGGCCUACUGCUACAGUACAACAUACUCAUGGCUCUGCUGACUGUCACCCAUAAAGAGGGAAAUUGAGGAAUCAAACCAAUUUGACAGUUUUCUUUUUAUUGUAUCCAUCUAUUCUGGACCUACUUUAGUUGUUUUAGCAUUAAGUCAGAACUUCAUUAAAACAUUGAAAUACAUUCUCUGCCAUUAACAGUGAUUUAGGGGCUUCAGUUAUGGCUAUGGCUUAUGCUGUUUAGCACUUUUGUAUAAUUAAAGAAUGGUACACUUUA